CGUACUAAGGUGUAGGGAUCUUAAGGACAUCUUACUGCAGAGGCUGCCCCUGUGUGCCAGGAGCAAUUGCUCUUCAUCUUCACGCCUUGUAGGUCAGAGAAGGAGAGCCUGCAAAGCAGCCUGCUGGAGGCUCAGCAGCACUUAUGGGAGCUGGAGAUGGCCAGGAGCCGUGUGGAAGCCCAAGUGCACAGGGCCAGGCAGGCCAAGGAGGCGAUACUGGAGGAUGUGAGGGGCCUUCGUCGUGAGCUGCUGGCUGUAAGAGCUCUCAGCCAGCAGCAAUGUGAAGACAUGGCUGAACAGCUCCGCUGGGCACAAGAGCAGUGCUGCAAGGCUCUGAGACUCUGGCAGUCUGCCCAGGAAGAGGAAAAAAGGAAUCUCGUGCAAGAACUGGAGAGACAACUGGAAGAGCAGCAUGUGGAGGCACGGAAGCAGCUGGAGGAACGGGCAAACUUCCUGGCAGAGGUGCUGCAGGAAGAGCAGCGUCAGAAGGCUGCUGUCAUCCACAAGGUGUACCAGCUGCAGAGAGAGCUGAAGCAAAGUGAGCAGCUGAGGCAGAGGCUGAAUGAGCAGUGGCAGAACGGGCAGGUCAUGCUGCAGGCUGAGCUGCAGGAAGCUGAGAGGAAGAUGAGGGCAAUGGAGAAGAGGCACCAAGAGGAAAUGGAAAGGAUGCACAAGGUCCUGCUGCAGUGCAGGCUGGCUGAAGAAAAGCAGGGCUUGUGCAGCGGCUGCGACUGGCCUCUGGAUUCCCGGCUGCUGCGGCCAGUGCCGCCGGCAGUACCGAAGGGGGAAGGGCACUCUCCCGCGGAGAGACUUCCUGGGGAGAAUGCUUAA